GGCGAAACUUCAAACUUCUUCUUCAAUCAAUCUAUCUACACCUACUCUCCUCUCCUCUUCUCCCCUCCUCUCUUCCUCGUUCUCCCUUGUUUCUCCGAGUCCCGGCUGCUCGCAUUCCCGCUCGUCCUUCACAAUGCUGGCCAUUCGAGCUUUCUCCAAGCCUGUCUCCAGGCAGGCCCUGCGCGCAGCUCCCCGCGCCGCUGCGACUUGGGCCGUCUACAACCGAUGCUACUCGACCGCCGGCGAGAAGGUCGCCAAGUACAACGGCACCAAGGACUCCAAUGGCAACUUCCUCGUCAGCUUGAUCGAGGGUGACGGUAUCGGCCCUGAGAUUGCCCAGUCCGUCAAGGACAUCUUCUCCGCCGCCAAGACUCCCAUUGCCUGGGAGCCCGUCGACGUCACUCCCAUCCUCAAGAACGGCAAGACCGCCAUCCCCGAUGCUGCCAUUGAGAACAUCCAGAAGAACAAGAUUGCCCUAAAGGGUCCUCUCGCUACCCCCAUUGGCAAGGGCCAUGUCUCCCUCAACCUCACCCUCCGACGAACCUUCAACCUCUUCGCCAACCUGCGACCCUGCCGCUCCGUCGCGGGCUUCGAGACCCCCUACGAUGGCGUCAACACCGUCCUGAUCCGAGAGAACACCGAGGGUGAAUACUCCGGCAUCGAGCACGUCGUCGUCGAUGGCGUCGUCCAGAGCAUCAAGCUCAUCACCCGCGAGGCCUCCGAGCGUGUCCUCCGAUAUGCCUUCCAGCACGCCCAGGCCAUUGGUCGCAAGAAGGUCCGUGUCGUCCACAAGGCCACCAUCAUGAAGCUGUCCGAUGGUCUCUUCCUCAAGGUCGCCCAGGACGUCGCCAAGGACUUCCCCGAGAUCGAGUUCGACGCCGAGCUGCUCGACAACAGCUGCCUCAAGAUGGUUACCGACCCCACCCCCUACAACGACAAGGUUCUUGUCAUGCCCAACCUGUACGGUGACAUUCUCUCCGACAUGUGCGCCGGCCUCAUCGGCGGCCUGGGCCUUACCCCCUCAGGCAACAUCGGUGACGAGUGCUCGAUCUUCGAGGCCGUCCAUGGCUCCGCCCCUGACAUUGCCGGCAAGGGCCUGGCCAACCCCACCGCCCUGCUCCUCAGCUCCAUCAUGAUGCUGCGACACAUGGGUCUCACCGAGCACGCCACUCGCAUUGAGACCGCCAUCUUUGAUACCCUGGCCGAGGGCAAGACUCUCACCGGCGACCUGGGCGGCAAGUCCAAGACCCACGAGUACGCUCAGGCCAUCAUCUCGAGGCUGUAAAUACAAGAUUAGAUACCUGCUGCUUCCCCGGGUGCGCGCGCGUUUUUUUAAGGGUAGUAUUUAUGUAACUGUACCAAUCCUAGAUUAAGGCACGGCGAAAUGAUUGUUUGAACUCA